AACCGCAACACGAUUGGGCAUGGACGAGGGCUUAACCGAUGAAGAAGAAGUUGUUAAGGCCCCUCCACUUACUUGAAGGUCACUCGUCCAUAACUUCUAUUAUGUAAAAAUAAGGCCCCUCCACUUGUUUGAAGGUCACUCGUCCAUAACUUCUAUUGUAAAAAUUAGAGUAGUUUAUCUUUAUGUUUAAAGCACGCAUGGUGCAUGGAGUAGCAUGGGGCGCAUGGAGUACCUGCAGCCCUCCCACGCAUGGGGUGCAUGGAGUGCAUCGCAAGCGUGUAACAGACGGGCACGCGUGGAGCAUGCUCCGCGGAAGUUGGGUCUGAUAGGCUCCACGCCCGAGGGGGCGCUUGGUGACUUGAUUGUUAAGGAGUGACGCUGCCGGCGGCGCUGCAGCUGGUUUGUGGGGGGCCCUGAUGUAAGGGGGCCAGCUUGUGAGUGAGUGGGCGGGGGUCGUAGCGUAGGCGGGGAGCUGUAGCCCCAGCCGUGGGUAAUCAAUGCGUCGAGGGGUGCAGCCCGCGGCGCUGAGGCUGAUGCCUUGGCCGCCUUAAGGGCCCCCGCCCGCGAGUGUGUGAGUGGCUUGGGAGUCUUCGCUGUCGGGGUUGGUUGAUAGGCCAGACGCACGGGGAGCACUGUCUUGGACGUAAUACACCCAGGGGUCGCGACGUCGCUGGCGGCACUGCAGCUGCUUCGCUGCUUGGGCGGCUUGAGGGCACCGGGCCGCGAGUGAGCGCGUCGGCCCGGGGGCUCGACGUAGCAGUCGAAGCUGUGGCUGGCGGAUUGGCCGUCUGAGGUGCCUCCCCGGAAUACCGAGCUGGAGGCGUGUAUACUUUGACAGAUGAGAGGCGGCCGCAGGGCGCCUCGCAAAAUUUUCACGCAUGGGGUGCAUGGAGUAGCUGCUCCAUGCUACUCCAUGUGUUCCAUGCACUCCAUGCCAUGCGCCUGGUGCAGCCUUAUGAGAUGAAAUAUAGAAUUUCUACCCACGACUGGGCAGCACGCUACGAAUACUACUCCUACAACAUGUAAUAGUGUCUCUUAGAAGAUGUUGUAGUUGGUGUAGCUCGAUGUGCAGGGUCCAUGACCUAACCUAACCUGUUAGUUACGUUGAGUCCGUUUUUUUGAAAUUUUUCAACUCUAACAUGAUAGAGGGAACGGGAGAUGGUCACCGUCACGUCGGAGCAACAGCAGACAAGAGAAAAGGAAACUUUCUUCCUGAUGCAGAGGACGAAGACUGUACUGAAAUGUUCAUUAUUGUUGAGGGUGCGCUGCGUUUCAAUAGCACGACCUUCAAAAUGGAAGAAGCCCAAAUUUAAGGCUAGUAGUUUAUCACUAUCUGUAUGAUCCCAUGAGCACUAUCGGUGGAUCUUCCCCUGAGUGGGGUCUACUGUCUCCCUGGACUUAAAGGGCUUACGCCUACUGCCUUAGGGCUGUAGGGCUCCUCUAGGGUGAUUCAAAGGGGAAGCCACGGACGAGAGAGCCACGGAUAGUGAAAAACUACCUUUAACAAAAGAACGGGUCUCCCUCGUCUUCUUCUACAACCCGCCUCACAUGGGAUGAAGUAACCAAAAUGUGCGGCAUGACGCCUGAGUUCCUACAAAAGCAGCAUGAUGCAUUUGACCAGAACACUUCUCGUACCUCCAGUACGCAAGGUGAAGGUGCUGAUGUAAAGCGUACAGUUGUGCCAAGGUAAGGCAAACUGCAAGUUGACCUAUCUGGUGUACUUAAGUGUACAUAUCCUCCAUAAGGACUCUUUUCAACUUUUUUUUUUCUACCAUACAGAAAUAGAUGUGCUUCGACGCCCUUAUGGCAUCGACGCUCACUGAACUUUGUGCGAGAUGUAUUGUAUUGUAUAGAUCAUGAGGGUGACAUCACGAGUACAUCGAAAAAAUGGUCAACUACUAGUUCAGGAAUAUUAGGUCUAAGGAAGGGGAUUGAAGAUUGACGUUUCCUUCUCUUGUGCCAUUCGAGUGGUCU